AUGCUCUCUGUGAGUCCGCCACUUCGGCGUUACCGCCUUUUCCAUCCGCGGCGGGAGGCGAUACCGAUGCAUAUGUGCCCUGCUAAGACAAUAUUUCCGCUCAUUAACAGCAACAAUCUCCUUGUGAAGACGCGUAACAGUUGGGAGGACUUCACUGGGAGAAAAGAGUUCGAUGAAGAUCACCCACUUCCAGUUGUUGGGUCGCGACUAAAUGGCCGCACUACCCAACAUAAAUGGAAUCACUGGGAUCAAUACCUCAACCCACAAAUCACACAGUCGAUUAAAGACUUAACACCAACUCCCGAAUAUGUGGGAAUGCGCUGCGGCCACAAUAUGAUCAAAAUGGGAUGGAUGAAAAUAGGCGGGAGCUGGAAGUAUUCAAGGGGAUACAAUGACAGACGCCGAGUGUUCGCAAGAGGGCAAUGGCAGGAACGUAAAAUGACUCCCCGCUUCAUGCUUGCCCCUCGUGUCUCAGCCGGUGGCCCUCGCAAUCGUUACGAAGGAAAGUUGGUGUUUUCCCCACUGAGGCUCAGCAAACUUCUUUGGGCCAUCGAUACAGGUCGAAUAAACCCCAAUGAAGUGAUAACACUGUACCACCUGCGGCAGGCCAAUGUUGUGGGGGAACGCGAAAUUGUGUGGCCUGGAUUUGUGCUUAUAAGCAAUGGUGUGCGCCGUGUACCUUACCCCAUUCAUAUCGAAUUACAAAAUGCAUCGGCUGAGAGCAUUCGUCUUAUUGAAGAAGCGGGUGGUUCCUUCACGUGUGUAUAUAUGACGCAUGAAGGUCUAUACCAGGAACUGCAUCCCGAGGAAUAUCCAAUAUUUAUGGACCAGGAACUGCCGGAGCGCCGCGGCCUCGAGAGUUUAGCGACAAACCCCAGCAAACGUGGUUGGUUGACACGCUGGUAUGAAGACAGCAGUAAAUACGCACAUCCCGCCGCGGGGCGCCGCUAUUCUCAUUAUCUGAAACCGCCGACCGAACGAGAUUUCCCCGCCACAGUGGAGGAAUAUGAAAUGGUGAAACAUCAUCAAAAAUGGCACCUCAAUCAACCGGGAACCGGAACGUUGCUUCCUUGGCAUUCUUACAACACGGCGGAUUUGGUAAAGCGAGCGGCAGGUCGUUUGUAG